AUGACUGCUGCAGCAUGGCUGGCCGUGGCUGCAACCAUUGCAUGUGUGCAAUGUGCGCAAGAGGGGGCCUUCUGUUCGGAGGAGGCAGUAAACGGAGCUACCCAUUGGCGACCGGAAAGGGAAGUAUCCCAUGCCAGUGAUGCAGACACGGUUUGGCUCCUGCAAACAGGAUUCGAUGUGGGCGACGAGGCAGCUCCGGGCUUUCGUGACCAACUCUCGAUGCCUGCUGACUCGGCGGCCACGGCGGAGGCCGGUCCCAGACCAGCCGAUGCAGCCUCCAUGGGUGCAGAGAGAUACGAGCAGAUGUUGGAGGCCGAAACAGAGCCGCGACGGCACAUUAACGAGCGCAGGAUGGAGGUGGUGAUGACACCCCGGCUUCGAGAGUUGCAGGUUGAAAACGAAGCACUACGUCUGCAAUUGAUGUCGAAAGAGGUCAGCCAGAGAAGCUCCAGUAAAGCCUCGUUUAAUGAUUGGUGCCUGGCGAAUUCCGAUGUGAUUGUGGGCUUCUCCUGCUUUGUGAUCACAUGUGUCAUAGUGAGCCUGUGUAUCCCGUGCGGCAUGUCUCCGCUGCAGCUCUGUUUGGGCGCUAUGCAGGCUGUCCUGCCUGCCGUGUGUGUCUCAAUUCUUACAUCCGGAUGCCCCGAAUAA